AUGGUGGAAGACCUAAAACACCAUAAUUUGCGUGUUCCUACAUCAGAUACUCACGGUGUGUUGCAACAAACUGGCACCACUCGGAACUUCGUCUUCAUGUCCCGUGUGCCGGGACAACCGCUGGACUCAAUUUGGAAAACGCUGAGCCCCUACCAGAAAGCUUUGGUCCGAGAGCAACUAAAUGUCACCUUCAGUGAGCUAAGGUUGCCCUCUUUCACAUCAUCCGACGAACCUGGUGCAUUGUACGGUGGAGGCACGCCUCGCUGGUGUAAAGAUACCAGAAGGGAGACUCGUGUGGCUGACACGCCGAUAAGCAAUGAGACAUAG